GCAUACUUAGAUACCGACUUUUUUACUUGUUUAUGGACGUGAUUGCCGUCAAAUGCAUCCACGUGCCGCAACAAAUUCGGUCAGAUUCAUUUAAGACACAGCUAAUGGUUCCUUUAGUCCUCCUGGCAUCGUGCAUGAUUCGUGCCCGGUCGUUUCUCGAGGGAGUCGAUUCUCUGGCGGACAGUCUCUAUCGGUAGUGCUGCGCUUUUAAACAGUUGUGACGAGUGUUGAAGGUCAGAUGGAGGGUGGGAGAUUGUGUAGUAACGGAGGAAGUGUCUAGUGAGGGAGAAAGAAGCUCUCUCUCGCUUGUGUGAAAGGAAGACAGGGAGGAGAGGAGGAUUGUGUAGGUGGUUGAGCAAGGCUGAUCGACGGCGAUGUCGACGAGGCGUGGAGGAGUUUCUCGAGGUCCCCCGAGGCACCAGAAUCGGACGGGAUGGAAACCCGAUCGUGGGGUCCAAAGGAAGGAAUCCGAGGUGGGAACGAAGACGAGACCCUACGCGCCUGUCUCGGGGGUGUGCACGCGUUGUAAAGAUCAAAUCGAGUGGAGACGAAGAUACGGCAAAUACAAACCCUUAACGGAACCGCAGAAAUGCAUUCAGUGCAGAAGGCGCGCCGUGAAAUCCGCUUACCACACGCGUUGUGCGGCGUGUGCGACGGAGAAGAAGGUGUGCGCGAAGUGUGGACAAGCGGCAGGUGGGGACGUUGUGCUCGUGACGGCGGGACCGACGGAGGAAGAGGAGAAGGAGAGGCGGCGAUUAGAAGAGGCAGUUCAAGGAUUGAGAGAAAGAGACAGGAGAACGCUGCUCCGUGUAUUGAAUUCGGGAGGAGGGGAGGAGCAACGGAAUGCCGCGUUGCAGCGUAUGCAGCAGCGCAAGAAUGGAGAGGAUAACGAUGAUGAUGAUGACGAUGAUGAUAAUGAUAAUGAGGAGGAUGAGGAUGAAGUCGGGGUGUCCGAUUCAAAUGAUGAGGCCAAGGAGGACAGCGAUCUGAUCGACGACGACGGGGAAGAGGAGGAGGAGGAGGAGGAGGAGGAGGAGGAGGAGGAGGAGAAGGGGGGCGAGGAGAGAAAGGACGGGGAGAGGCGGCGGCAGACGACGAGAAGGCGUGGGGAAGAUCACGAGGAUGCGGACGAUGAGAAGGAGAAUGAUGAGGACGGCGAUUUCGACGAUGAUACCGAGGAUGCAGGGUGUCGAAGGGAGCGGGCUGAGGUGGAGAGGGGAGAGGGGAAGGAGGAGGCGGAGGAGGAAGGGGCACAGGAACAGCCUAGUGGGAGGAGUCCUGAGCAGGCCGAAGUGCUUGCGACUAGGAGGGAGGACUGCGGCCGAGGGAGAGAGAGGCGGCAAAGCAUUGGCUCGAGGAAUGUUAGUGCUGAGGGGGGGAUGAGUAUAUCGAGGGGAAUGAUGAGAGUUAGGAUAUCGUCGACAAUGGAGGCGGAUGUGCGGCGAGGUAAUCGGACGGCGGCAGGACGGCGGGAGUGCUCGGUAGCGGGCAGUGGAAUAAGAAAGGAAAGUGCGAACGGCGUCCGCGAGAGCGAGAAGGGUCUGGAGGAGGGAGAGCAGAGGGAUGGAGGUCUGCUGGAAGGAGGGGGAGGGGUAGGAGGAGGAGCGGCAUCGCGUCGAUCUCGUCGAGACCUGGCUGCCGCGACGGAAACAAAAGGCGAUUCAGUCUAUGGAGGCACUCAGAAUGACGAGGAGGGAGAGGAUGACGAACACGCUCGAGGAAUCGUCGAUGAUGUCGGGGCGGAUGGGGAUGCGGAAGCGAGCGGGGAAAGCGCGACGCCCAGGCCUGCACGGCGGUUGAGCGGCGGCGGCGGAGCGGAUGGGAAUGUGGAUGCUCCGAGCGGGGAAAGCGUGACGCACAGGCCCGCACGGCGGCUGAGCGGCAUCGGACGAGCGCCGCCGCCCCAGGGUAUGCUUUGUGCUUCUGAGGUGGCUGAUGACGCGACCCCUCUUGUGGCCAAUUGCAUGGGAGAAGAGGAACAGCCGUAUAAGAAAAGGUAGACAGACGCUUGGGGAACGAAACCUGACGGAUCGUUCCACACUCGCUCCAGUUGGGCCUGGGAGAAGAGGGUUCAGUAUCUGAUGUGUACGUACGUGGGUGCUGUUUGUCCGCCUUUGGGAGUAGCUGCUCCGUUCUCCCCUCGGAUUCGUGAUGCCACAGUCCUGACAAUGAGAACCUUCUCGGCGGACACGUGUCGGGCAACGGCGGCUUGGGUAAUCAACAUCCCAGCGGAUUGUUUUUAUGUUGUUUUUUGUCCUUGACAUCUCAGUGGGUCUUAGUAGUUCCCCACGUGUUAUGUUCUUUAGCUGCUGGCUGCCCUUUGUCUUAACGUAUAGGCUGUCCACAGGGGACUACAGAGCGUCUUCAUGCGAUGACUGCAGAGCAGCCGCCUACUUCGACCUCGCACCUUUACGUGGCGGACGGGAUCGCGAUUUCACGUGGCAGACGGGCUGAUCAAGCUGUUUUGUAGAUUGCGCAGGAGAUCCACGUGGCAGACGGGAUCGCGAUUUCACACCGGUCAUGGAAGCGAAGCGCGUAGCCCAGUCCACCGACCAGCUUUUGGAAGACCAGCGCAGCGAAUGUGUCUCUCUGUAAUCCACCAGAAAUUGCCACGUGGCAUAAGUUGCCGCAAGGGGGCGAAUGCUCUCUGCUAUUCAAGAAGAUGGUGGGCUUGCCCCCACGACCCCACGAGACGAUAUGCUGCCGCCGCCUCGAUGUUCGGAUCACCGAGCAUGCCAUCUAUGCCCCUGUUUGACGGCAUAGGUGAGAGACCGAUGGCAUAGGGGAGAGAUGAGAGCACAGACUGUGGGAUACUUGUCAAUGAUAUGACCGUUAUGGUGUGCUGCCUGUUGGCCUCGCGGCACGGCGCCGAAACGAGAAAAGAAUCGAGUACAUCUGGCCACAGAAGUGGGGCAGAAUGUAUUUUUCCUUACUAUGUUUUAUUGGAGUAAAUGGAUGAAUCAUUCCAUUUUCUGGCGGAAGAUGCACUCGUUUCGUUUUCCGUUUCCUGUGCUAUGCUGCAAGGCCCCUGUCUGUGACGCGUCAUCAGGUGCGUCGAAAAGGAACAAGCUUUGGUCAGGGUAGAUCUGUCUGUACCCGUCUUCACCUGAAUAGAACGCCCGGUCAUUAUCGCAGCAUCUGGCCUGACAGCUGCUACAAAUACAGCCUUAAUGACCACCGGGCGUUCUAUUCGGGGGAAGACGGGUAGAGCGGCGCUGCUGUCGGCGGCGAAGAGCCUGCAGAAUGACAGUCUGCUCGAUCCAGCCCAGAGGCUGUUGGGAGAAGGGUGGAGUGAGUCGGUAAGUAUGAGGACGGGGAGGAGGAGGAGGAGGAGGAGGAGGAGGAGGAGGAGGAGGAGGAAGGAAGGAGGGUCGCAUCGCACGGUUGAAGGAGCCACGUGGCAACGAGGAUCAUCCCCAAGCGUUGGGCGUUGAUCUGUACGUGGCGCAGCCGAUUUCUUAGUGAGCACGUCCGGAUCGCGACAGGCCGAAGCGAGGGAGAUGGGUGGUCUGGUCUGGCUGCGCACGGGCGAUUUGUGGUCGGGAUAAGAGACCGGGAUCUCGGUGAACGGAAUGCGCGGCGAAGCACGAAAGGCAAAGAGGCUGUCGGGACGCUGCGUACAGCUUCUCGCGUUCUGCCGUGCGAAUCUUCUACACGCGGCCCUGGGCAGAGUAAGGAAGAGGGGGGGCAUUAGUCGGAUUAUGAGAAAACAUCGGUAAGUGAGGGCAUUGGCGAUAGUCAGAUGAGAGGAAGUGGUGCUACCGGUGACGGUAGCAGCGUUAAAUCAAUUGAAAAGG